UGCACGGUUGAUGUUUUCGGCGGAAGACUCAAUCUAAUCUGGAAUUUGUUGAACAUAUUUGUCUGUUAGGACAAAAUAAUUGUUACGUGUUGUAGCCAAUCCGUUGAUUUUCUUGCGUGACUUCAUUUAUUAUAUGAUGGAUGACACGACUGUAGAUGAGUGGAUGAAUUUCUUCCGGGAUGCAGGCAUUCCACCAAAUGUAUCAGCCUCAUAUGCAUCUAGCUUCUGUCAAAACAGAAUCCAUUUAAAUAUGGUUCUUGAGUUAAAUAGGGAUCUUUUGAAGGAAUUGGGAGUUAAUUUAAUUGGUGAUGCCAUUGCAAUAUUAAGACAUGCCAAAUCUUUCCAUGAACAGAAUGUUCGUCAGAAGAUACUUGGCAUAAUGUCAUCAGAAUGUCAAAAAGAACAUAAAAAACCUGAAGAAUGUAAUAAGAAAGUAGUAUCUACUACAGAUGUGGGUUCAAUAAAUAAUAGGUGGUUUGAUGGUGGCAUUCUUCCUGUAGAUGAGGCAGAGACAACAGAAGAAAUGAGUACUCCAUGCAGUGCUUCAAGAAAACAGAAUAGUCUUCGGACAUCUUAUUCAGAAUGUUUUCUAAUGAGAGGACCUGUUGAAUCAAGCAGCACAUUGCCCAUAAGACAAGCAACUGUUUCUUCACAUGUUUCAGGAGGUAAUUACAUAUGCAGAAGAAAUCAGGGUAUAAAGAGGCCAAUGCAGCAGAGUCCUGUCUCUACAAUAGUUUCUACAUCUCAGCAACCUGCAGGAAGAUUACCAUGUGAAACAGAAAAUACUCACCCAACAGCUUGUCAGUCAAUACGUAGGAUAGAACACAAUACUUUUGAGGAUACACCAGAUGAAAUCCUUGCCACAACAAACAUGAAGAGGAAGAGAACUUUAUCGUGUUGUGGACCUAUUGAGGAAGAACAAUUUGAUCCAAAUGUUUGUAUGCAGUCAGUAUGCACUAGGGCUGUCAAUCAAUCGGUCUAUGACUCUCAAAGUACUGCAGAAAGAGUUCAGUCAGAGGGGUUACAGGUUCAAGAGUCUUCUCAAUUAGAUAUUAGUUUACCAAGGCAGCUUCAAGAGUCUUCUCAAUUAGAUAUUAGUUUACCAAGGCAGGAUGUGAAAAAUGAAAUGAUAGAAACUGAAGACCCUGUAGAAAACCAUUCAAGUUUUUACCCAAGAUGUCAGCUGCCUUUACAGAGGAGGCAGGAGGAAUCACCAACACAGACAUGUACUCAAGAUCAAUCUCAGGAGAGAAUGCAGGUGUUCCAGUCACUACCAAACAAACAAUCACAAUCUCAAACUAUGUCAGUGUCACAGUUUCCAUCUCAUGUGGCAUCAUCUUCACAGUCAUCAUUUUUAAGAAGGCCAAAUUCUCACAUGCAAUAUCAACCUGCAUUAAAGUUACAUCAUGAAUCCCAGUCAUCAUUGUGUCUUCAGCCAUCAGUGCAGCCUAAGACAGCAUAUGCAGUAUCCUCUCAGUCAAAUGCACACAAGAAUGUGAAAUUACAGAAUAAAAAAGUGAUGCAGUGUAAUUCUGCUCGUUCCUGCUCCACAACAAAGCUGAUUCUUGCAACUGGCAAAAAUAUAAAUAAAAAAUUUAAAUUACUGCAUUCUUUCCCAAGGACACCAUGUGUAACCCCGGCUCCACAUUCAACCGAGUGCACUCAUGGAAAUGAGGUACAAAGACCUAUAAGCUCAUGGGUUGUUUGUAGAUGUAACAACAAGUCUGUUGUGAAAAAGACUGAAAAUGAGGAAAAGGGGAAACUUUCGCUGACUGUGUUAGAAUCUGAUAAUGCAACAUGUGUAUUGCAGAAUGGAUCUCAGACUAAGUUCAUUGAUGCUGGUGGUGACUUGCUGGGAGAAGAAAUGAAUGCCUUGACAGAUACAUCUGCAGUAAGACGGGAUACUCAGCAGUUGUCUAAACCAUUGGCACACACAUCUGAUAGCUGUUUAUAUGAAGGUUCUUCCUCUCAUACCUUCAAUAACUCUAGCAAUGACGCUGAAAAUAAUUUGCAACAUGAGAGAGUUCCUGGUCAAAUAUUUUCUCGCUUAGGCGUGAAAGUUGAAUUGGUGUCAGUGGAUAACAACGACUGUAACACAUCAGUUAAAAAUGAUACUUUACCAACUUGCAGAUUUGGUAACAACGUUAAGUACAAGAUAAAUAAACCAAAAAAACAUAAAAAUUUAGCAAGUAAAUUUGCUAAAAUAAUGGCAGUUAAACAGUUGCCUAGAAACAAAUUACUCAAGAGGAAAAUUAUGUUCACAGCAUUUCAGAAAACCUCCACAAUUGGCGGACAAAACAUUGUACCAGAUCAGACACGACAGGGAGUUACUUCUAUAAAUGGUGGACAGCCACAACUGCGAGGUAUUUUGAAACCACAGACCAUUACUUUAGAGCAACGGGAAGAUAUGGAACCAGAAGAAGAGGAUCAGUCACAGAAAAUGACUGCAAACAAGCUUCUGGAAUCUGUAGCCAGAUCUCGUGCUUCAGAUUUGGGAGUGGUUUGUGAUGCUGUCCAUUAUUUGAGUAAUGAUUCCACAAAAUCCAAAGAUGGAGAUUAUAUUUGUCAGAGCACUGAUAAUUUUUGCAGUGAUGAUGAGCAGCAAGAGGAACUUAGCAGGGCUCCCACUAGUGACACCUGCAAAACAGUACGUUUUGGACCUGUUUGUAUCAAGGAAUUUGAGAAAGAUACAUUGUCAUCAUCAGGGAAAACAGCAACAAAUUCUAGACCACCCAUCUUCAGAAGAUUGGGUGCCAGGAGGAAAGGAAUAUAACAGAUUACUGUAUUUGCAGCUCACAAUAUCCAUUUAACGUAUAUCUUCUUGGUGUGUCCAUCUUUAAGAAACCAAUUUAGUAUUCUUUUGUACGUUAUGUUGUAAAUAUAGUAUAUUGCAAGAUGAUUGAUGUACAGUGGAUGUAUUAUUUACAGCAGAACUUUUUUCUAAUAAAAAUUAAUAUAUAUUAUCAUCAGUUUAUCACCAGAAAAUAUAUAAUCUACCCUGCAGUUUUGUGAAUUUUUGUACCAGUUUAUCUGGUAACUGCUGCCCCCCCCCCCCUCCCCGUCCUCCCUCAUCCUCCGCCACAAACACAUCUCCACAUUUUCUUCUGUAGGAUCUCAAACUUUCAUUUUGUAUUGAAAUGUUUGUUACAUUUAUAAUAAAUGAAGACUUUCCAAAUAUUAAAUUAAGAAUGUUAAAACGUGCUGAAGCACGGAUAAUAUGACAGUUUUUACAGAGUUAUCUAGUGACAAAGAUUGUAUACAAACUACGCUAUGUAUGUGGUUAUAAGAGGACUUAUCAUUCCUUUCUGUGUACUUCCCUUGGAAUGUUAAUUAAAGCAAUUUUUGUGUAAACUAUUAGAUUCUGUAUCCAAAAAACUCAAGUUUCUUGUAUUGUGUUGUUAAGAAGGAAAUUGGGGUGAGCCACAUGUAGUUUACUUGGAGGCACUACUGUGAGAGGUGCAGUGAAAGACCUCAAGCACACCGUCCACUCCCCCAACCCUUCCCCGAAAGGGUCAACUUUUAAGGGAAUAUGUAAAAAAUCAAAUCGUGCAGAUUGAGAUGUUUGGUAAGGAUACAACUUGUGGCAUAUUCCAUACUAAGAUUUAAGGUGUGUUGAAUUGGUGUGAGUGAGUGAGUAUAUACUGCAACUGAAAAUUAAUAUUUUCAAAUCAAUCUUCUUUCAUAGACAGUUAACAAGCCAGGGAAAUAUGGUGGUAAAUGCCCUAAAGCUGAUCUUGUUGCUUGUGAUGAGUGACAUUCUUUUAUUUUUGAAUGUAGGUUUUGCUGCUGACUACACCAGAUUUCAAUAUACAAACAGCUUUCUUAUUUUGUUCCUUGAACUCAUAAGGAAAAAUUGUUUUCUUCAGAAAGUCAAGGAUAAAAAAUUUUCAGUUCAGGAAUUGUGUUGUGGUUCAGGGUGUAUCUAAGUGUAUCUUGCCUGCUUAUUGUCAGUGACUUAGGCAUUUGUUACAAUUUUAAAAAUUUGUCAAGAAUGUUACACUGUGUAGCCUUUAUUCUCAAAAUUUUGUAAUAAUUGGUAUUGUGUUUGUUGUAUUUUGAAUAAGUAUUGUAAAAAAGGUCUUUAUAUUCCAGAUUGUGUACAAAGAGUAUAACUGCUACCGCUGGCACAGUUGUAAGACUAUUUUAUUUGCAAUUGUUAAAUGAUUACUUGGGUUUUGCAUCUGAAGCACUACAAGAUCUAAUUCUUUAUAUAUGUGGAUUGCUUUACAUUUUAAAAGCAUGUCACGAGGUAGUCUUGACUGAAAAUGAUCUCAGUGUUUCUUUAGUUACUAUUCUUAUUA